CAGCCUUGGUGAACCUACACCAGAGCUGGGACGUGGAUUUUGUGAACGCUGUUCAGAUGCAGAACAACAUCAACCAGCAGGCCAUACACGAUACACAGGCCUUCUACAGGAGGUUCAAAGGAUUCCACCUCGACAAGUCGAAGCUCCCUGGUAACCCCAGUGCUAAGGUUGUCAUGAUGGACAAGCUUCUUCGCCCCCUGAACUCCUCUGAUGAACUCCUGCGGCAGUUGGACACUCUGGUGAUGCAGGGGAAGAAGAAGCAAGGCUUCGGGAUCGACCACGGGCUGGGUGUGGGGCUGGUCUCGAUCACCGCAGAGUUCUGCUUCAGUGUGGGGGCAUGCAGGCUGCUCAUGUGCAAUACUGGCAUCCACAGGUAG